CAUAACAAUACUAUAGCCUGCUUUUAUCUACUUCAUUGAUCCAUCUCACAAAAGAAGGUUCUUUUAGCUCCAAUCCAAUCCUCAGCCGCAGAUAACAAAAUUAGCAUAAUAUUCUUCCUUCUGCGUGUUAUUCGCUAUUUGACCACCACGAUAACGCGUAGUGAUCACACAACAAUCGAUCAAAAAGCCCCGAAAGGAAACCCAAAAUCCUUGUACACAAAGCAAACGCACAAGUUUUUGUUAGCAAGAACGAGAAGUUGUUUAUAGGGUUUAUUGGAUUUUUCUUUUUCGAUCGUUAAUUUCACCAUGAGUUUCCUAUUCGGCAAGAAGAAAACACCCGCUGAGCUCCUACGGGAGAACAAGAGAAUGCUUGAUAAAUCCAUAAGAGAAAUCGAAAGAGAAAGACAAGGUUUGCAGACACAAGAGAAGAAACUGAUUGUUGAAAUCAAGAAAAGUGCCAAACAAGGUCAAAUGGGAGCUGUGAAAGUGAUGGCUAAAGACCUUAUAAGAACACGACACCAAAUUGAAAAGUUUUACAAGCUUAAAUCCCAGUUGCAGGGUGUAUCCCUAAGAAUUCAGACAUUGAAGUCAACACAAGCAAUGGGUGAAGCGAUGAAAGGAGUGACAAAAGCAAUGGGACAAAUGAACAGACAAAUGAACCUUCCAUCAUUGCAGAAAAUAAUGCAAGAAUUUGAGAGACAAAAUGAGAAAAUGGAAAUGGUAAGUGAAGUCAUGGGUGAUGCCAUUGAUGAUGCUUUGGAAGGUGAUGAGGAAGAAGAUGAAACCGAAGAGCUCGUGAGCCAGGUUUUAGAUGAAAUUGGUAUCGAUAUUAAUCAAGAGUUGAUGAAUGCACCUUCGGGGGCGGUGUCGGUCCCGGCGGCAAAGACGAAGGUGGCGCAGGCGGAAGCACCUGCGGGGGCGGGUGAUGAUGGUGGGAUUGAUAGUGAUUUACAGGCGAGGUCGCCACCCUCUAUUGGCCUACGGUCGCCCUCCUUUAUCAGACCACCGUCACCGUCUUGUACCGACGCCUCACAAACUAGACAUAAAGCAUCCUCUUUCUCUACAUACAGACAAUGUUGCCGAAGAAGCGAACAUGAGGCAGACACAAGAUCGUCGACGCCCUCAGCACCGUUGAUGGCUCGAUUUAUGUUUGAUUUUUUCCCACCAGCUCAUGUACCAGGCAAGAAGCAGCCUCUUUCUCUACGCCCUGACAACGUUGCCGGAGAAGCAGGCAUGAAGCAGUCUCUCGAACCAAACAUGACAAGACAAACUUGA